UAACCUUUAGUUUUACUAACAGCUCCCAGAAAAAAAGGACCUGUUUUCUCUCCGUUUGCCAUUUAGAUUUUGUUGUGUGUUUCCUGUGGAAACAUGAGUGUAUGAGAACACGGGCCGGGAAAACAUGAGGUGUCCGCUGCUGCUGUGUUUGGGGCUCCAUAUCCUCCUUCAGGGUCACUGUCUGGAGUUUGUGAUCGAUGGAGAACGGGAGGACGAGGUGUCAGAUAUCCGGGCUCACCAGGAGAGGCAGAAGAGGGCGAUGCCGACCAGUGAAGAAGAGGAAGACUUCGUGGCCGUCCGUGGAGAUAACAUCACAGUCAAGAGCUACAAGGUGGAGAGUCGCAUCACGGCACGUUUCGCUCACACCACCUUCAAGAGUUCAGUGGUCAAUUCUGGCUCCAAACCUCAGAGCAUCGGCUUCAACGUGCACAUCCCCAAGCGGGCUUUCAUCUCCAACUUCACCAUGAAUGUGAACGGAAUCACGUUUGUGGGCUCGGUGAAGGACAAGAUAGUGGCCAGAAACCUGUAUGCUCAGGCCAAAUCCAGAAACAAGGCAGCGGGCAUCGUCAGAACUAACUCCCAGGACAUGGAAACCUUUAAAACAGAGGUUCACGUUCCACCGGGAAGCAACAUCGAAUUUGAGCUCCACUACCAAGAAAUGAUGCAAAGAAAGUUGGGUUUCUACGAACAUACGUUGUACCUACAGCCUGGAAGACUGGUGCCAAAGUUUCAGGUGGAUGUAUACGUUUAUGAACCCAAGGGAAUUUCCAGCAUACAAACAAAAAACACCCUUGGCGCUCACUUUGCAGACCAGAUCAAAGUGAACUCCUCCACAGAUAAGGCUCACGUUGUCUUCGAGCCGAGUUUACAGAUGCAGAGAAAGUGUGAGACCUGCACAGACAGCGCCAUCGACGGCGUCUUUACGGUCAUUUACGACGUAAACAGAGAAAGCAACGCUGGGGAGCUGCAGGUCUCAGAUGGUCAUUUUGUCCAUUUCUUUGCUCCGUCCAAACUCUCGCCUCUUCCUAAAAACAUCGUGUUUGUCAUUGAUGUCAGCGGGUCCAUGUGGGGGGUCAAGAUGAAGCAAACAGCGGAGGCCAUGCAGGCUAUUCUAGAUGACCUGACCAUGGAAGAUCAAUUCAGCAUCAUAGACUUUAACCACAACGUGAGAUGCUGGCGCGAGGACCUGGUACCUGCCUCUCCCAUUCAGACUGAAGAUGCAAAGAACUACAUCCAGAACAUCAGACCCGCUGGAGGCACUAACAUCAACGAGGCGCUUCUGAGAGCCGUGCAGAUGUUGGUGAGGACGUCGAAUCACGAUCUGCUAGAACAGCGGUCCGUUUCUAUGAUCAUUUUUGUGUCUGAUGGAGACCCCACAGUGGGAGAGAUCAAGCUGGGCACCAUCCAGAAGAACCUGAAGCGAGUCAUGAGAGAGGAGUUCUCCCUCUUCUCUCUGGGCAUUGGCUAUGACGUGGACUACGACUUCCUGGAACGCAUUUCCAUGGAGAACCGGGGAGCGGCUCAGAGGAUCUUUUCCAACCACAACGCGGCUGAGCAGCUGCGGACCUUCUACAGGCAGGUGUCGAGUCCGUUGCUGCGGCAGAUCAGCAUCCGCUUCUCAGAAGACUCUGUGACCGACGUCACCCAGAACUGCUUCAACACGUUCUUCUACGGCGGUGAGCUGGUGGUCGCCGGGAAGGUUCUGCCUUCGGAGAGCACCAAACUGACCAGCAUCAUCAGUGCCUUAGCUGCACGUGUAGACAUGAACUUAGAGACAGAGGCAGACAUGUUUGACCUGGACAUGCAGCUGGCCAAACAUCAGCACUCCUUCACGGGUUUUGCCAAACAGAUGUGGGCUUAUCUGACCAUCAAACAGCUGAUCAGUGAGAGGUCCAUCGCUCCAACAGCGGUUAAAAAGAGGAAGAUCACCCAGAGGAUCAUGGCUUUGGCUGUGGAGCAUCAGUUUGUCACCCCGCUCACUGCGCUGCUGGUGGAGAGCGAGGACGCCACGGAAAGGAUGCUGGCCGACUCCCCGUUGGACCCCAAAAAAGGCUGCUGCUCAACACUCUCUGGCCCCACCCCGGUGCAGUUUGUCUACCAGCCUCCCCCCUCCUGGGUCCAGCAGAGCACUGAGCCCCCCCUGCGUGAGAUGAAGGAGCCAAAAGUGGAACAGAUCACGCUGCCGGAGACGGUUAACUUAGUUGAUAAUGACCCCCACUUCAUCAUUCACCUGCCUGGGAGGGCCACAAACGUGUGCUUCAACAUCGACUCCAAGCCCGGUGACAUCCUCAGCCUGGUGUCGGAUGAUGGAACAGGGGUUUCUGUGAACGGUCAGUUAAUUGGCUCAAAGAAGGUCCUCAAAAACAAACUCAGGACCUACUUCGGCGUCAUCUCGGUCUACUACCAGCCGCGAGGAGUCGGCGUGACGGUCAGCACGGACCUCAUCACCCUGACCGACAACAGGAAGGAAAACUCCUUCACCUGGGGGUCCACGGCUGAGAUCACACAGGACGGGGUGAGAGUUUCCAUUGUGAAGGACGCUCAUGUGAACAUCACCAUCAACAAUAAUAUCCAGGUGAUGGUGCUGCUUCACCGCGUGUGGAAGAAACAUCCCGUCAACGUCGACUUCCUGGGAAUUUACAUUCCCAACAAUAACCAGUAUUCCCCUCUGGUUCAUGGACUCAUAGGGCAGUUUUCCAGAGAGCCUGAGGUUCACGUGUACAACGUCCACGAGGGACUCGACCCUCUGAAGAAGGAAGCUACCAUGGAGGUGAAGGGCAGCAGGCUGCUCGUUACCAGGGGCUGGCAGAAGGACUACAGGCGCGACACGAAGAAGGGCGCCAACGUCUACUGCUGGUUUGUCCACAACAGCGGGAAGGGCUUCAUCGACGGCCACUACACAGACUACAUCGUACCCGGUCUGAACAGCUUCCUCCACAUGAACCCAGACAAUACCACGCAGUUCUGAACCUUCAAAUAAGAAGAAUGUUGUGAAAGA